UUGAAUUUUCCCACUGUGGGGUCAAGACCACUGCAGCUUGGUCAAGGUGAGCAGGAUCCCCUUCCUGGGAGGGGGCUGUAAAUUCUGUUCAAAGUGCUUUUGAAGUUACUCCUUGACUCAGCAAGUAAGAAAGAAGUUUCUGCCAGUUCAGUUACUUGAACUGAAUCUCAGGCAUUAUGUGUAUGCUAGCACAUGAAGAGAUGAAAUUAUAAGCCAAAAAUGGAAAAUGGGAUAGGAAUGCCUAUUUCAGCUCUCCAGAUCUGCAACAUGAAAUGUUGUCUAAGAGUUUAUUCUUGAAAUAUUGAAGCUGAUUUUUUUUCACUGUUACACAUGCUCUUCAGCUCUUCAGAGAAAAGUUACAUGGUUUAUUGAAGGUGAUUUCAAUUAAGCUGUUUUAGUACAGAGUACUGGUGUUACAAAUACUGAUUUUGUCAGUGCCCUUUGGUUUAAGGAUCUCUGAGUUAAAUAAAGCAACAGCACACAAAAGAACCUACUUCUUAGUGUUUAUGCAAAUUGAAAGUGCAAGUGUCCAAAUAUAAAACACUAUGUGAGUAAUAUGUAAAUUCUUGUCAAUAAUAGUGAGUACAUUCCUUUUGCAUUGUGUGCAUGCCUCACAUGCUCAAACUCAUGAUUUGUGUAGCUUUGACAGCUGGUUCUGCAUCCAUAAGUUGAACCACCCUGUGCUUGUUGCAGACAGCAUGAAGCAGUAGGACAGGUUCCACCUUUUCUCCAGGUUCCUCUUCAUCAUAGGAGUUCAGUCUUGUUUGUGUACUUGAUGUCUUACGUUCAUGCAAGUGCAGUUCAAAUGAGUCUCUUUUAGAUAAGUUUCAAAAAUUCUCUGCUAGGUUUAUGCCUCUCUGAGAGCCUGCUUCCCUAAGACUGGUGCAUCGUAAUUGAAUACAUAUGUAUUCCUUCACUGUUUUACUCCAAGGUGAAACACAUCAGUUUAAAUCACUUUCAGUCUUCAAGCUGAGCUGUUUUACUUAGCUCACAUCUUGACUGUGAGAGCAGUUGCAUGUGGUUUAGGAGAACUACCAGCUGGUGCAAAUUAAUACCUCAGAGUGAUUUCUUUGUUACGGUAUAGUGAAGUAGCACUCAUUUCUGGCAUUCUAUAUGUCAACAGUGCAAUAUUUUAUUGCCAGUAUUUUAUUUAAAAGAGGAAAACAUUGAUAAGGCACAUUGCCGGCCUAGAAAAUUCCGAGUGCUCUUUGAGUAGUGGUUGUGCUGCAGCUCACUGGAUGCAGAAGCGGAGUAAUAGAGUGCUUCUGCAAGGAUGCUGACACCUAGAUCUUCCUAGGAGAAAAUGCUUUUCAGUAUAAGCUUCAGUAUCAUAUCUCUAUAUGCAUGCCUGUUAUCUUUUGUCCUAAUUUAACUAAUAAUGCAGCAUGCUAUGGAGUGAUUAAGAAUGGUCUAAUGCACAAAUAUUUCUGUACUUCUCCUUUCACACAUUAAUUAGGCUUUAGUAUACCAUUGGGCACGCCUCCAAGGCCUGCAGUUCUUGCUCUAGUCAAAAAAUCUUUCUCUUUCCAAUUUUAAGAGCAGAAUUAGCUUGAGUUAAACUUGAGUUAAAAGUGAGUUAUUUUUUUUAUUUGCAUGGCUCACUGGGGAGGUUUCGAGUUUCAUUGAGGAGUUGGUAAUUCCUAGGAGUUCCAGAAAAGUUAAAGAAUGAAAAACAGUAUUAGUGUAAGAGUAGUGUCUUUGUUCAUACAAGAGGAAAUUCUGGUGAUUAAAGAUCAUGGCAACCAUAGAGGAACUGGCCCAUCAAAUUUUUGAACAGCAAAUGGGAGAGGUUACACAUUCCCAGGAAGGUGGUACGCAAACACUAAUGGAUGGGACAGCACAACGAAUACAGAUUGUCCCUGCAGAUUCGGGCCUCUCUUUAUCACAGCGUAUACAGAUUGUCACAGAUCAGCAGACGGGCCAGAAGAUUCAGAUUGUUACAUCACUUGAUCAGAGCUCAGCAGGCAAGCAGUUCAUCUUAACAAAUCAUGAUGGCUCUACCCCAAGCAAGGUGAUCCUUGCCAGACAAGAUUCCACUCCAGGAAAAGUUAUCCUAGCAACUCCAGAUGCUGCAGGUGUCAACCAACUGUUUUUUGCAUCCCCUGAUAUAUCUGCACAACACAUCCAGAUUUUAACGGACAACUCCCCCAAUGAACAGGGCCUAAAUAAAGUGUUUGAUCUGUGUGUUGUGUGUGGAGACAAAGCAUCAGGGCGUCAUUAUGGAGCAGUGACCUGUGAGGGAUGCAAAGGAUUCUUUAAAAGGAGCAUACGGAAGAAUUUGGUUUAUUCCUGCCGAGGAACGAAGGACUGCGUCAUUAACAAGCACCACCGGAAUCGCUGCCAGUAUUGUAGGCUGCAGAGAUGCAUCGCCUUUGGGAUGAAACAGGAUUCUGUACAGUGUGAGAGGAAACCUAUUGAAGUGUCAAGAGAAAAAUCUUCAAACUGUGCAGCUUCUACAGAAAAGAUCUACAUUCGGAAAGAUCUUCGUAGUCCAUUAGCUGCAACCCCAACUUUUGUAACAGACAAUGAAACAGCAAGAUCAACGGGUUUGCUGGAGUCAGGAAUGUUUGUUAACAUUCAUCCGUCUGCAAUAAAAAGUGAACCUACUGUGCUGAUGACUCCAGAUAAGGUAGAAGCAUGUCAAGGAGAUUUAAGUACACUGGCAAAUGUGGUGACUUCAUUAGCAAAUCUCAGUAAAUGCAAAGACGUGUCACAAAGCAGUACAGAGCUAUCCAUGAUCGAAAAUUUGAGUAAUGGAGAUGCAUCAUUAUCUGAACUCAAGCAAGAACAAGCUAGUAGUGAUGUUACAAGGGCAUUUGAUACUCUUGCAAAAGCAUUAAAUCCAGGAGAGAGUGCAGCAUGCCAGAACUCUGAAAGCAUUGACACCAGUGCACAGCUGCUUGGUGGAGAAACAAGCAUGAACAUCGUGGAAAUAGAGGGGCCACUACUCAGUGAUGCUCAUGUAGCAUUCAGGCUCACCAUGCCUUCUCCUAUGCCUGAUUAUCUUAACGUUCACUAUAUCUGUGAGUCUGCCUCCAGGUUGCUUUUCUUGUCCAUGCACUGGGCACGUUCCAUUCCAUCUUUCCAAGCUUUGGGACAGGAUAACAGCAUAUCAUUAGUAAAAGCCUGCUGGAAUGAACUUUUUACGCUUGGUCUAGCACAAUGCUCACAAGUUAUGAAUGUGGCGACGAUCUUAGCUGCUUUUGUUAAUCACCUUCAAGGCAGUUUACAACAAGAUAAGCUGCCAACAGACAGAGGAAGACUGGUAAUGGAGCAUGUCUUCAAAUUGCAAGAAUUUUGUAACAGCAUGGUUAAACUGUGUCUAGAUGGGUACGAAUAUGCAUAUUUGAAAGCAAUUGUCCUCUUCAGUCCUGAUCACCCAGGUCUAGAAAAUGUGGUACAGAUUGAGAAAUUUCAAGAAAAAGCUUACAUGGAGUUCCAAGACUAUGUAACAAAGGCGUAUCCGGACGAUACCUACAGGCUAUCUAGACUGCUUCUGCGAUUGCCUGCUCUCAGGCUGAUGAGUGCUGCCAUCACUGAAGAGCUGUUCUUUGCAGGACUGAUUGGCAAUGUUCAGAUUGACAGCAUCAUCCCAUACAUUCUGAGAAUGGAGACAGCAGACUACAACUCUCAGAUCAUAGGUCAUGGUGUGUAAAAGGAGCAGUCCAGGAUUCUGUACCAUGGCAAUCAUGGUGAUGUAAAUGCAUACCCUGUCUCCAAGAGAUGGUCAUAAGCCUUCCAGUGCACCUUUCCAAAGAAGGCUCAUAUUCCUCCUUUCCAGUACACUUGGGAAACAUGGUGGAGUGUAUUAGGAUAUAGGAUCCCUUCCUGUUCUUCAUCUGUCUUCAAGGACUUGUAAAUUAACUUGAUAUCUGAAGAAGGUCAAGAAUUGUCCAUCCUAUUUUUGUAGGUAGACGGACUUGGAUUAUUUGUUUAUGAAGUUCAGGCUUAUGAGGAAACUGAAGAAGCUUUGAUUGAACUAAGGUAUCUCAACUUAGUUUGAUGUUUUAGACAAAUAAAUUAACUUUCCUCUC